AUAAUUAUAUUAAAAGAUUUCUUACACUGAUAAUCUUACAAAUGCAGCGAAAUGAGAUCAAUCAAUCAGUUUAUUAUACUACAAAUAUUAUUACAAGAGAAGUUCCAGAAACUUCUGAUCAAAAUAUCGAAUUAAAUGAUAAUCAGGGAGAAAUCAAUAUUGAUGAUGAAAAUAGUGCAAAAGAACCCUUUAUAGUUACGAACAAAUAUUCUCAAAAUCAAUCUAUUGAAGUUAUUACUAAUUAUACAGUUUUAUAUUUGUAUCUUUUUAAACAAGAAGCAGAUUUUAAAGAAGAAAAUUUAACGAUCCUUAAACAAAAGAUAACAUAUGGAAAUAUUAGUAGCAUAUACAAGAAAGUACUUAAUAAAGCAUUGCAAAGCAAAAAAAAAUCUCAAGAAUUAAUGGAAAUGCUUCAAGAUUUUGUGGAAAAUGAUAUUGAUGAUUGGUCAGAUUUAGAAGAUAUGCAGCGGGAUAAUCACUUAGAUAAAGAAAAUAUUGAUCCAUCUAUUUACCAAUUGCAAAAUCCAAAAGUUCGUCAUGAUAAAGGCCAUCCGGUUAGUACUAAAAGGUAUAAAUCAAAACAUGAAGUGUCAAAAGUUAAAGCAAAUCAACGACGAUGUAAAAAAUAUAAAUGUAUUAGGCAUUAUCAAAAGAACUGCGAGAAGGAUUAA